AUGCGGCGGUGGUUCGCGGUGGCGGAGGACCUGAGCCGCGCGCUGCACGGGUUCCUGGUGUUCGAGGUGUCGUGGCGCGACGUGCACGGCAUCAACUACCUCAACGAGCUGCUCUCCGACACGUCCCUGGCGCUGGAGGCCCGGUACAUGAAGAAGUGGGAGUUCUACAGCGCGGAGCAGGCCGCCGGGUGCACCCACCUCUGGUUCCUCGGCCGUGCCGCCGAGGCCCGUGCCCUGCGUGGCUACCUCGCCGCCCUCCACGCGCACUCCGACCCCAGCGAGCAGCUGGAGGAGUGCGGCAUCGCGCUGCGCCGGACGUGCUCGUCCUCGUCCCUCAGCGCCGUCUCCGAGGACGACGACGACGUCCCCGGCGGCGGAGAGCCGGACCAUAGCAGGCCCCGGUACUCGUCGGAGGCCGAAGGCAUCGUGAGCUCGCCGUCGGCGUCGGCCCGGGCCCGGCGGGCGCGCGCCGAGUCCCCGUUCGUGGCCCCGGCGCAGUACAGCGACACGCUGAUCCUGCUCCGGUUCCGGGACAGCCUGCUGCCGCUGAAACUCCGGAGGAUCAUCAUGUCGGACAUCCGGCUGCUGACGCUGCUCGAGUCCGGGCUCCCGCCGUGGGUGAUCUUCUUUCAGUCGUACCCGCUGCUGUGCCAGCUGUACAGGCCGUGGAUGCGGCCGCUGGCGCGAAGCCUCUACCUGCUGGCGUCGCUCGCCACCUUGCUCAUCGGCUUCUACGACCUGUACAAGAACGUGCCGCUGCUCAAGUCCGCGGCGGCGCGCAUCUGCGGCCCGCUCUUCGGCUGGAUCGAGAGGUGGGACAUGGUGACCCGGAUCCAGUACCUGGGCACCAUCCUCUUCCUCCGCAACCUCCGCAAGUGCCUGCAGAGCCUAGCGGCGCUGCUGCGGGCGGCGCGGGCGGUGCUCCGGACCGUGGCGGCGCCGCUGGCGGGGGCGCUGGGGCCCGUGCUGGCCGCCUGUGGGGAGGUUUGCGGGCUGGUGGCGUCGGGCCUGGCCCCGGCGUGGGCGCUGGCGGUGGACCUGGCGGAGGUGGUGUGGGCGCCGUUCGACAUGGUGCUGGACAGCGUGGCGGGGUGCCUGUGUCCGCUGCUGCAGGUGGCGAUGCUGCCGGCGCGCGGCGCGGCGGCGCUGGCGGGGUGCGCCGGCGCGCUGCUCUCGGCCACCUACAACUUCGGCAAGGACAUCUGGGAGACCAUGAGCAGCAUCUUCGAGCUCAACCACAUGUCGGAGGCGCAGCAGGGCGCCUUGGACAUGUCGCAGAUCAAGACGCUCUGGAACGAUCUCUUCUCCCAGAUCUUCCGCGCCAUCAGGGGCAUACUCAAUGGCAUAUCGGUGUUCUUCGCGUCCUGCAAUAGGCACAGGCUCAGCAUCUACAACCAUGCGCAGUCGAGGCUGCGGCACAUGCUCCGCGUCGCUAGGCUGGCGCCGACCCCAUGUCGAUGCAAGCACAAGGCGAGACGCCGUCCGGGGCAAAACAAAGAGGAUGAUGCAGCGGCAGUGGAAUGUGAUGUCUGCAAGUGAUCACAUAUAUGCAUAUGUCAUCUCAGACCCCCAUACCAAUGUAGCCAUAUGCGUACUCAUAAGUGUUAACAUUGUGACACAUAGCAGCGAAUACUUUACUUGCCAUGAUGAAGUGACUCAAAAGGUGAGUGAUCAGCAAAUUAGGCCCCGUAAGUGGUGGCUG